GAAAGAUGUGAUGCGGUGGUGAAAGGUCGACCCAGCUGUCAAAGGGGGAAUUUUUGACGUCUAAUUAAUCGUUAACGGCACGGCCUAAAAUGAACAUGAAAUACUGAUUAGAAAAGUUGGUAGUGAGCCAGCGGGGAGUGUUGGAGGAGAGGUAUGGGCCCGAUUUCAUUGGAAAUGAGCGAGAAAUUGACAGAGGAGAGGAUGCAGCAGGAAUGUCCAGCAGAGGCGAGACCGCAAAAUCUUGCACAGAAAGUGAAGAAGACUAUGAUCACAUCAAAGAGGAUGGAAUUGUGGGAACAGCUGCAGAAAGCAUUGUCUUUGGCAGUGAAAUACAAAGCAAAGGUUUUAGAGACAGGAGAUGGUUUGAAGAGGGUCAGUCCAUCCCAGCGUGACUCUUCUGUGAACAGACUGCGCUGUCUGCAUAAGUUCUAUGACUUUAGUCCUGAAACUCUGGCUUUGGCUGUCAAUCUACUGGACAGAUUCCUGGGGAAAGUGAAAGUAAGUAUGAUAUAUGCUCAACCAAAAAAGUUUGGAAACAUUGUUACUUUGAAUAAUUAUAACUUAUAAGAUAACCUUAUAAGC